AUGAAAACCUCAUCCAUCGCCCUCACCCUUGCAGCAGCUGCCGUUACGAGCGCACAGGAUCCGUUUUACAACAUCAGCUCUGCACCAUUCUUUCUAGUCGUCACAUCCGAAGACGGAAAGGUCAAUGACACGCUAAGCGCCUGUCACGUCGGUGCAGCCAUCGAAUCACUCUGCCUCAGCAAUGCUGGCGUAGGUGACAGCCCGGAACCCCUCGACGGCGCACAAUUCCAAUUCAACACAUCCGUCUACUCUCAAGCACCGGAGGACGGCUUCGGCGUACCAGGCAUCUUGACAUGGUGGUUGAACACCACCACCCUCGACAUUCCCUCUUCAGCGGCUUUCAACCUCGACCCAACUUCCAACCUUGCAGGCAUCACUCUCAGCCCCGGAAGCGGAAGCGAUACGACUAUGCUGGCUUUCGACUCCCAGGACGAACUUACGUAUCAGGGCUACGUUCGCGGCGAGAACAACACAGGCAACUAUCAGGAAUUCUACCGCUGGUACAACAACCUGGCAUGGGGAUUGGGUGCGGGCAAGCCAGACAACCCAACUUGUGUCUCGGUCAACGUGACGAGGAUUAACGCCGCCAUGUUCAAACUUGUUCCUAUCCUUCUUGCUUUUGCAGCUCUCACUCACGCUGACGCUGAUUGCGAAUACGAUUGUGAACCCAUCUACACCGUACAAUCCGACCCCUUCAAUCUCGUCCUCAUAUCCGAAGAUCCUUCCCUGAACGGCAAAACACUAUCUGCAUGCCAUGCGGGUGCAGCAGUUUUCACGCUCUGUCCCACGCUUUCAGAAGAAGGGGCCCAGUAUCCCGUUGUCCUGACCCACAACACAACCGACACUGCCAUCACAAACAUCUUCGGCACCCAAGGCAUCCUUUCCUGGACCAUCCCCUACGACCCCUACCCCAUCGACCUCUCCGUGCUCCUCCAACCCCAAGACAUUGUCCCCUUGUCCAUUGCCCAACUGGCCAUGACCUACAGUGGCGACGGCAGCCUCUCUUUCGACAGCAACGACAUACUCAACUUCCAGAAUCCGAUUACUUGGGGGGCGGAGAAACCUGAAAUGGAUCCGCCGAGUUGUAUUAAGCACUUCGUCAUUCUUUCGCAUCGCAUCGCCCUCAUGAUUCCUACAUUGUUUUUCUUCCCUUUGGCCCUACUUACAAAACCUACAACCGCACAGUCUUCUCCCUCCUCCUCGCCAAAUACGCCUAUACCUAGCAGUUCUACGGAAACAAUCGUCGAUGUCUCCAGUACCUUUACGAGUACCUACUCCGCCGACUUCUCGAGCGGUCUCCCGGGCAUUGUCCUGAGCACAUUCACCUCCGGGCGGCAGAACGCCACCGCUACCUCGUCGACGACAACACAAGAGGUGACAGCCAUAGUCGGGCUGUCUCCUUCGACCGAAUCCUCAAACGGCACUGCUUCAUCGACCACGAAAUCUGCUCGUCCAAGCCCGACUAAUACUCAGCCAUGCAAUGGAUACGUCGAGUUUUGCCAGAGGAGGUUUUCCAACAUCUCUAUGGUCGUCGCACAUAACAGCCCAUUCGUGAGGCCGCACAAUGCAGCCAGCAACCAAGACUACCCAGUGCUUAAUCAGCUCAACGAUGGAGUUCGAGGGUUGCAGUUCGAGACCCAAAAACCCAACGAGACCUCCGCUAUACGCCUCUGCCAUACCUCCUGUAACCUGCUCGACGUGGGUACCCUCGAAUCAUACCUCGCAACGGUCAAAGGCUGGCUCGACCAAAACCCGUUCGAAGUCAUUGCCAUCAUGAUGGGCAACAACAACGGUCAGGAUACUCGAAACCCAGCGACAGACUAUAUCGCACCUUUUCAGAACUCAGGAAUAAUGGAAUACGUAUGGACACCGCCUUCGGCUAGUCUGAAUCUGACGGACUGGCCCACAUUGGCCGAGAUGAUUAUUAGAAAUAAGCGUGUCGUGGUGAUGUUGGACUAUGGCGCAGACCAGGAACAAGUCCCGUGGCUGCUCAGCGAAUUCAACUAUCAGUGGCAAACACCCUUUUCGCCAACCGAUCCCUCGUUCCCUUGUACGGAGCAACGACCCCCGAAUCAGCCAGAAGAAGUCUCACGCGAGCGCAUGUACGUGAUGAAUCACAACCUGAACAUCGAAGUCAGCCUCCCGGGUGUAAGCAGCAUCCUCAUACCGGCAUACUCCCUCCUCGAUGAGAUCAAUGCUGUGUCCGGAAACGGCAGCGUUGGUCUUAACGUACAAAACUGCGAAAAAAUGUGGACUCGUCCACCGAAUUGGAUACUCGUCGACUACUACAACUACGGCAACUUUAAUGGCUCUGUCUUCCAGGUUGCUGCGACGGCCAACAACGUCACGUACAACGAGCAGUCGUGCUGUGGCACAGAGAGUACCAGCGCGGCACAUAUUCUGAGAAGUCAAGGGCUUCUCAUAGCUUCAUUGUUCGUCGGCGCUUAUCUGUUGUGGUGA